UGCAGUGCACAGACAAUUCUUUCCAGAAGGCAGAAAGCAAUGCUCAGUCUACUGACAAGCAAGCCAACCGACCCACAAGAACGCAGGACAUAUUCUCACAGCAACAGACGGUAACACCACCAGUGGGUCUUCUGAAGCCAACUUUCACUCUCCUGGGUGUGAUUGCUACUUAAUGCACAUUCAUUCUCCUCUACUGCUGGCAGUGAAGACCUGCAGAUGCACUCAACCACAGGCUUACUUUUCAACCCCGCGUCUGUCUCAACACUCUCACCAAAGCUGUAACUGCGGGAAGAUCAUACACAUGUUUUGUUGACAGAGAGCGACAGGUGGUUUGAGUUUGAGCUGCUGGUGGACUGGAGUUUUUUUUUACCGUGUGGUGAGCUGUGGCGUCUUUGGAGCCAGUAUGUUGUCUAUUGUUGUGGCAUGUUUGGUAUUCGUCCUGCUGGGCUCAGGGCAGGCUCAGGUUGCCACACAGACUCAGGAGCAGAGCCAGAGUCGGGGCCAGGGGCAGGACAGCUCUGCCACCCCUUGGAGGCAGGUGAUACAAUGGGAGAACAAUGGCCGGCUGUUUAGCCUGCUGAAUAGUGGAGCUGAAUAUGUCCCUGCUGGGGCAGGGGCCCAGGACAGAGGUCCCAGGGUAGUUGUGGCAGACACUCGUGCACGUUCUUCGCAUAGACCACAGGGAGGCAAUGUUCGCCGACAGGCUCCACCAAGAGGAUCCUCUGAAACUGUCCGCGGGCAGGCAAGGCAUCCUUUUGGAUUUGGGCAAGUGCCUGAUAACUGGAGACAAACUGCAGGCAGCACAGGGGGUAGUCAGUUCCAAGGAUCCUCUAGCACUCGCCUUAGGCCAUCCACAGGAUCUUCAUCAUCAUCGUCAUCAUCCUUUUCUUCAUCCUCUUAUAAUAUACCAUCCUACCAACAGAACCCUUUUCCUCAACAGCCUCCCUUACAAGCAAUACCUUACAACCCUAGUUUUGGAGCAGAGCCAGUCAGGAGCUAUGAGCCACCUUUUCAGCCUGUUGCUGGUGGAGGAUAUGGCGGUGGGGUAUAUGGUGGUGGAGGAUAUGGUGGUGGAGGGUAUGGUGCUGGACAGGGGUAUACUGGUGGAGUGUAUGGAGAUCUGGCCCCAGUGCUCCCAGGUUCUCCCACUGAUUUUAGUGACGAUAGCUACCGUUACUACCAGUCUUAUGGCUAUGGGCCCAAUCCUGUGGAGCCUGCACGUGCUGCCCAACCACCAUUUGCAGAUGGUCUGGACCACAGAUACACUCACAGUAUCUUCAACAGGCAGACUGCUCCUGCUGUCCCUGCUGUCUCUGCCCCUGAUGCCAACCAGGCAGCUCCCAUAUUAGUGGACAGGACAGGACCAGCUGGUCAACCACAAGUCAGGAGCCCUCAGUAUGAGCAGUUUCCUCCAUUUGGAAGACCCCAGCCUUCUUUCCUGCAGCCCGUUCCUCCAGGCAGAAAUCCUCCAAACUCUGGCAUCGAGAACCCCAGCGUGAAUGUCGGGAGUGUGUACAGAGCAGAACAGACAGGUUUGCCUGACCUGGUUCCUGAUGCCAACUAUGUCCAGGCUUCCACAUAUAUCCAGAGAGCCCACAUGUACUCUCUCCGCUGUGCUGCUGAAGAAAAAUGUCUUUCAAGCUCUGCCUAUGGCCCUGAGACCACAGAUUACGAUGUAAGGGUCCUGCUGCGAUUUCCUCAGAGGGUGAAGAACAAGGGGACUGCCGACUUCAUGCCCAACAGGCCACGUCAAACCUGGGAGUGGCAUAGCUGUCACCAGCACUACCACAGUAUGGAUGAGUUCAGCCACUAUGAUUUACUGGAGGCCAGUACUGGCCGUAAAGUGGCAGAGGGACACAAGGCUAGCUUCUGUCUGGAGGACACCACCUGUGACUUUGGCCACCUGAAGCGCUAUGCCUGUACCACUCACACUCAGGGUCUGAGCCCAGGCUGCUACGAUACAUACAAUGCUGAUAUUGACUGCCAAUGGAUCGAUAUUACGGACAUCCAGCCUGGAAAAUACAUAUUAAAGCUCCAGGUUAAUCCCAAAUUCUUGGUCCUGGAAUCAGACUUCACCAACAAUGUGGUCAGGUGUAACAUACACUACACAGGACGGUUUGUUACAACAAACAACUGCAAGAUAACACAGUCUUGAUCAGGCACUGGAAGGCUGCCACACUCGAGUGACCCUGAUUGCUAUUCCAUUGAAAUGUGAAUGGAAUCCAUUUGUUGUUGGUUCUUUGUUGUUUGUCUCAACUAUUUUGUGCUGUCUCUGUAUCCUGAGCCCAUGGCAAACAAGGGUUCCACUGGCACUGAAAAUGAUGUGGGGGUUUCAAGUAGACAUGCACACACACAUACAAUUUUGCAUUAUGCAUAAUGUCUUCUUGAAAUCCCAAUAAUGACUAAUUCACAUUCCUUCAAUGUAUGUACGUCAAAAGAUUGUCCUACCCACUAUAUUUCUCAUAUUGCAUCUCUACCAGUCUGGUUUGGUUAAUGUUGGAACACGUCAUUUGCCCUCAAAAAGGGUGUUUACUGUAUCUGCACACAAACAUAUGCACACCCCGGCCGAGUGGCUCUGUUCGAAUUAUAAAGAAAGUGUGUAACGGUGCCGGUGCUGAAAUGAGUUCUAGACAAGUCAGGGUUCAGCUGCGAUCCAACAAAUAAAAUUAAGGGGACACAGUCUUCCCAGCUACAUUCACUCAUGCCGUGUGGGGACAGACAGAGAUGCUCAGUGACUCAGAAGGACUAUAAUGUGUGUUGUUGUUUUUUGUUAGUUAGUUUUGUUUUUUUCUCUUCACUGCCUCAGUGGGUCAGGCUGGGAUACUGUGAUUUUCUGACCACGUCCAGUUUAAUGUUGUGUUAACAGCAAGAUGAAAACAGCAGGUCAUAUUUGCAUCCAUCAAAUUUGAAGUCAACAUGAAAACAGACCAUCAGUACUGGUCGCUGUACUCCUCCAAAUCCUGGCAUAUUUGUGUUUUGUCCCCGUUCGUCCAUUUCGUUAUUUCAGUAAAACAUGAACAGGAAGCUCAACUGGCAGAAAAUGGUGCUUUCCAGAAAACCAGACCCACGCCAUGUAAGCUGUAUAUUUACACUGUCUUGGGGUCUCUUCUUCAACUACCAACACUGGUCAGAUGGAACAUAGGUCAUCUAUACCUUUUGAAGAAUAUAUAUACAAAUAUUCCAGUCAUGCAUGACUUUAAUAAUGGACAGUAUCUUACUGUAACUGAUUGUUCUUUGUUUAUCCAGUUUGACCUGUUACUGUAAUUUGUGAAAUUCAAUGAACUAAUUUUUUUUUUUUUUUUUGAUAAUCUGAAUUAUUCAAAUAGUUGUUGGAAAAAACACUAUGGCUACAGACUAAGCAUCAUAAUGCACAGCGUAAGAAAGCCGUCUCUACCUACCUCUCCAAUUGAGUGAGCUGUUUCCUGUCAAGUGUUUGGUUUCCAUUGGAAAUCCCUGCGAUGGUUCACUAUGACCUCCUACCACUGUGUUACAGCACACAGCUAAAACUCACAAUUCUGUUGAAUAUAUCAAAGAUCACACAAUAUUAGGAUGCAAACAAUGAGUAAGUAAUAUUCCAAAAGAAUCCUUAAGACUUCAGUCCUGAUAGGUUUGCGACACCUGUGGUUACUGAUGGUAACAACAAAUGUGGUUUCAUACCUCAUCAAACACUCCUUGAGUAGCUACUAUGUAAGCAGCAGUACAUCAGAAGAGCAACUUGUGUAUCUGUUUACAGUGGAACCAAACGUACCCGAGUUUUAUUAAAGAAGUCAGUCAAUAAUUGGACUUCCUCCGUCAUGCCAUGAGCAGCUGUGAUUUGAUUUCAUAGUAGUUUUCUACUCAACAGCAGGGCACAGUAACAGGAGAUGGUUAUCUUGCUGAGAAGUUGUCGUUGUACAGCCUGUCGCCUGCAGCUCUUCAUCAACAGCUCACUGUGAUUGUGACUUCAUGUUCCAUCAAUCCCUACAAUAUUUAGAACUGAUCCGCUGAAUGCUUGCUGACGUCUUGUUUUGUUUUUCACAUUUCUGUCUAUGAUUGUAGUUCACACUAAUCGUGUUGACAAAAAGAUUCCUAGGACUGCUUUACAAUAAAAGUCAACCCCAUUUUUGUGAACCAGCAGCAGUAGGAAAUAUUUGGUUUGCCUUAAUACAACAGUAAUAUGAUAUAACAAUUGAAACUAUAGAGAGGUAAUUGCUAAAUGUAAAUACAUUGAAUAGCUAUUGCAGAAAAAAAUGCCUACCAUAAAAAGUAUGAAAAAUGGGGUUUGAUUACAUGAAAAUCUUAAAGAUUACAACUUCAAUAUCUGUACAUGAUGAUUGAACGAUGGCAGAGCACCAAAAUUAGUUUGUUACAGUUGUUUGCAGAAUAGACCUAGUCUUUGGUAUCCAAUUUACUGCUCAUUUUACUGUAAAUAGCCAGUUCUUUAAUUUGAUCUGUAUUUUUCUUAUGUGGGUAGCUCAUGAUCAUACUGUACGUUCAUUGACGAGAUGCAACAAUAUGUGAUUCUGACAUUCAGUGGAGCGACAGAACAAGAAUAGGCGACAGCAAUACAGAAUCUUUGUCAUGUGGUGAUGACAUUUGUAUGUUUCUAACAAUGAACACCUGUCAAAAAUGUCUUAUACAAUAAAAGCAUUUA